AUGACUGUCAAAACAAAGAGACUGGCGCGCUACGUGCGUGGCCCCGACGGCAUCUACAGAAGAAAAUCAGAAGAGCCCGUGGUGGUAUCUGAUGAGCACCAUCUGGUGGACGAGCUUAUCAACGAGCUCAUCGACUGUGGACAAAUCGAACCUGAGCCCGUGCACGUCCUGCCUAAUCUAGCAACAUAUCAACACGACCUUGAACCAAAAAUCCCCGCCACCAUUCCUGAAAUCCCCACUGCUCCGAUCACGGUAAACUCGGCAAAAUCAGCCACCUACACACCUGCUGCAAACACAUCUCACACUUACACAUCCAAACUGGCACCGCGCUCUCCAAUCCUCAUGGCACUGAACCCCAUGCGUCGCGGACGCAGCGUGAGUUUCGACUCUGGCCGCUCCAUCGACUUGACCCGCCACUCGUCCAUUGCAGACCUGCUGGUGCCCAUGUCGCAUACCCAGGGCUCGCUGUUCAACCAAUAUUACAAUUGGCUCCUAGCUCUUCCGUUGGAACAUUAUUCUCAGAGGCUUUUCCCAUUCUUCUUGGGAAUGGCGUUUAUGUAUGUGCUCCACUCCAUGGAGUCGACGCUCUGGUACUGCGGAGGUGUCGUGGCCCAAGCUGCUAAAAUUAUCGCCUUUUACGGUCCCAUCGUACUAGGCGUUCUAUGGUUCGCAGGCGUCGUCAAGAAGGAUACAUUUACAGAGUGGCCCGCAGCUAAAUAUCGCUUCUUUACCACUCGUGGCCCUAAUGAGGAUGUGCCUGUAGUUCCCAUGGUGUCUACGUCCCCCAGAAUGGAAGCGCUGGAACGUGUACUGGUUUCGCCUAUUCAGAUCAUCCCUGGUGGCCAGGAAUCGCCGAGAGCACAAGUGUCACCCAUUGCACAGGCUGCACAAGUUUCGCCUACUGCGAAGGUGGCGACCAUGAGAAUGUCCCCUAAGGUAUCUCCUAUUGCCAUCAGAUCAGAAGAACUCCCUACCAGAGAACGGAAAGUCCAGCCUAGAGCGUAUUCAGAAGAGCCAAUGGGAUCACCCAUCAUCCAUCCCCGCGAAUGUGAGGUUGCUCCUUUCCCUCCGUUCCAUCACAGCCCUCCAGGAGUCAAGGAACGGCCCAGAGUGCAGCGUGUUGGCACUGACACCAGAGAGCAGUCACGCAAGUCGAGACAGGUUCACACGUACUUGUCAGAGGAAAGAAGACACUCGUCUGCAUCUUUGCCUGGCAGAGAAGUCUACAGAGACGCUUACAGGGACGCUUACAGGGACAGAUCGAGAGAUGAUCCAUACAGGGACAGAUUGAGAGACGAUCGAUACAGAGAUUCAAUCAGGGUGAGAGAUGAUCCGUAUAAAGAUGUCCGUGACUUAUACAGAGACCAAAGAGACUACAGAGACUACAGAGACAACCGAGACUUGAAAGGUGCCAAGUAUAGAGACCCACGGGUUCCUAAGUUCUACAAGCCACUUCCCCCAGUGAUCAAGAUGCCCAACAAGGAGAUCAACCACGAGGCAGACUUGCCGUUGGUCCACGAGGUCAAGUUGAAGAACUUGGAUCAGGAACCUCAGUACGAUUUGGAUCGACUGGGUACUGUCUUGAGCAAGAAGUCUGUGCUUGGUACUAGAGCAAAUUACCUGAGAUUCUUGUCGAAUGUGGAGAACUAG